GUGGCGCUGCUUAGACCGUGAGGGGGUGAAAUGGAUCAGAUACCUGUGGAUUGGAUUAGUAGUGUCUGUCUGCCUGCACCCGACACGCCAAGAGGAAACACGGCUGGCUGGCUCCACACAUCCUUCCUUCCUUCCAUCGGUCCAUCCGGUCCAUCCGUCCACAGCUUGCAUUGCACUUAGCGUCCGCGCAAAGAAAGAUACACAGAAAGAGUCAAGAAGGCCCUGUCUGUCCGGUCCGUUCGCAUCUUCAGUCAGUUUCGUCGCAUCUUCCUUCGAACAUCACUCCCUCCCUUCAGAAAACUUGUACCGGAGCUGACACAGCACCAGCAGCCCACACCAGGGAUUCUCCUGGAAGCGGUAGUUCCACAGAGGCACCCACCGCAACCUGAUUGAUUGACACAUUGAUUGCAACCAACAGUCAUCCACACCACACCACACCACACAACACCACACCACACCCGCCACACAGGCGUGGCGUGAACCUGGCUGCCUGUGGCCUAGCGACUCACCCUGGUCUGAUGCACGACACGGGCAUGGCCCCGGCCGCCAGGAACUCGCUCCUUAUGCGGUCGUGGUCCCGUACCUCAAAGGCCACCAUGGUGAUGGCCGGGAAGUGGACAUCAAACGUGAAGACCUGCUCGGCCCACGUCGGGUUGAAGCCGUUGUCGUCCACGUGCGGGGUGCGGAAGACGCGGCAGUCCGCUGGUGGCCCAUCCACCCACAGAGUGACGUAAGGCGAGACGGCCUCCCCCCUGUGCUGGAGGUAGGGCUUGGGCAGCUGGUGGGCCGACAGGAUCUUGACCGUGAGGGUGACGGGCGGGGGGUCGUCUGUGCGGACGCGGGGAGGGGGCAGGGAGGGGUCGAACAUAUCGACAACGGGAGAAGGGUCGCGCAGCAACGCCGGCUUCAACACAUAGCCACCCGCCGCACCCCCAUUCUCAGCAAACCUGCCGGGUCGAUAAAACAGAGAGAGAGAGAGAGUGUGUGUGUUUGUCUGGCCGUGUGCGUGUGUGUGUGUGUCCGAUUGGUGGCGCAUCUCACCUUCCCUCGUUGAGUAUGGUGGGCAGUCCGCCCAUUUGGUAGUUGAGGGCGACCAUCUGGCAGCCGGCGAGCCAGCAGGGGGUGGGGUUGAAGUUGGACGAUGUCCACCGGGUGACUGUCAUGACAACACAUCACAGCAGCCAUCAACACAUCAACACACCAAUACAUCAGUCAACACAUGGAUGGCCACACACGCCAGAAACAAACAGAGGCCUCCAGGGCAUGCUAUGCUCUGCUCACUGGAGGGGUAGACUCGUGAAAGGUAUUUGCGGUGGAAGGUGACGAGCUCGAGUGGCCUCUUCUUGAUCCACUUGCUCAUCUUGGUCUCGUUCACAGACACUAUGUCGCAGUCUGACCGACCAGACCAGACCAACCAUGGCACGCCACCGCACCACAGACAGACAGACAGACAGUUGGGCAGACGAUCCAAUCCUCCCGUAGUAUGGUACCAUUUCUGGGCAGGUGGAGCUUCCACUUGACCUUGCGACCCGUGAUAAAGAUGCAGUCGUAAUACUGACGAGGCAACCGCACACACACACACACACACACGAACGAUGGACGAACGCGCCUCAUCCAUCCAUCCAUCCACACGUACCAUUUGCAGCUCGUCUUCGGGGGGCAUCACCUUGGACCGACUGCGCGUGAGCUUCUCGAUAAAGGUGGGACUCCGCAGCGGCCCCCCGGUGCCGUUGGUCACCGCCGACCUGCUGGCGUUGUCACCCGACGGCACGAGAGACACACUCGACUCGGGGGCAUUGGCUGCAGUCAGUCGACAAAUGAAUGCAGCCCCCACAGAGGAAUGCAAUGCUUGUGGGCUUGUGUUGGGGUGUGUGUGAGGUGAGGGAUUGGAUUGGGAGGCUGGUUGGUUACUCUCAGGUUGUGAGGCGGUGUAUGAGACGAUGGGGGAGCUGAGGUCGUCGACGUCCUCCUGCGAGCCCUUGGCGGAGAGGUUCUCGUUGGGCUGCAGCGCCGCCUCGCAGUCCGCCUCGAGAGCACGCUCCGUCUCCUCCAUCUUGACACACAUACGACCCGGUGUGGUGUGGUGUGGUGUGGUGUGGUGCAGACGGGCGUGUGUGCUCGUAUAGUCACUGACUACCAGUAUGUCUGCUUCGUUUCCUUCCUCCAUCUCGGCCUGUCCCCUCUGUGGCGGCACCUUGCCCUUGACGAUGAACCGAUGGCGACACUCGUUGGGCGUUGGCAACUUGGCGUCGCUCAUGCCGUCUGCACACGCCCAACCACACCACAAUGGGGGUGUGUGUGUGUGUUGGGUGUGUGUGUUGGGUGUGGUGGUGCUGACCUGGUGGCAGGCGCAGCAUCUGUUCUCCAAUGAGUUCGUUGAGUAUCUGGCCGACCCGCGCCUUCUGCAUGGGGGAGCAGUGCAUCUCAAGCGACAGAAUCACCGGAUACGGCGAACGCUGGAAGGCGAAGUCCUUGCAGGCCUGCACGACGUCGGAGAACUUGAUGCGCGAGGUCAUUGUGUGUCCGUGGUAGAUGACGGGCUCCCCGCUGGGCCCGUCCCAGCAGUCGAGCUCCACACACCGACACCCGCGGCCCAGCACUUCGACGUACUGACUCACCGACGACUUGCCCACCACCUGGUCACCUGAACAAUCCAAUCCACACACACACGGAUGGAUGGAUGGAUGGAUUGUGAGGGUGUGUGUGUGUAUGUGACCUUCGAGGUAUGUGUUGUGUGAAGACGCUAUCCAGUACUCAUUGAGGGGGCGGUCCAUCGACUGAGGGAGGGAAACAGGGAGGGAGGGCCAGACAGACGGUGUGUUAACGCGCCGGACGAAAGAUGUCUAAGUCUAUCUGUCUACCUGGUAGACUUUCCUCUUGGCUGGGUGAAAGAGCGAGUUGUGGUAGCUCGACAGCAGCUUCGAGAACCCUAUCGCAUUCAAGCCGCCCUGCACAGACAGACAGAACAAGCCAGCCGUCUCUCUCUCUCUCUCUCUAACAAGCCAGCCGUCUCUCUCUCUCUCUCUCUCUCCAUCUCUGUGUCUGUGUGUCUACGUACGUCUUUGAUGAAAGGUUCCUGCAGGCUCCUCAUGCCCUUAAGCUCAGUGUCAAUGUCUUCUUCAGCCGUCUGCUGCACGUCCACAAGGAAGCGACGAUACCCUGCACCAGACAGACAGACAAAGCCGAAGUGGAUCGACGUGUAGACAGACGCCCCUGCCUGUGUUGCUGUGUGGCCAUCCCAUCACCACAAACACAUACACUGCACCACAGCACACCACAGCACACCAGCGCACCUUCCUCGGUGACGACCCCUUUAGCGGGGUCCUUGUAGGAGUGGAAGUACUCGUCCAGGUCGCUCAGGAUCAGCAGCGAGUUCAGCAUCUGAAACGACAUCAGGAACCACACACAACUUGAAUGGCACUCGUGAAUUUGUCUGCUGCGGCUGUCUGUCUGUCUGUCUUUACCUCGACGAACUGCUCGUAGUGAAGCGACUGCGUGCCGUCCGUGUCAAACUGACAAACGGACCACACACACACGAAGGAAAGGAAUUGGCAGGUCGGCAGGAAGGGUAAGGGUCGUCUCACGUGCUGGAGGAGCCGGUAAGCAUGUCUCCUGUCGGCCGAUAUGUUGAGCCGCUGCAUCAACUUGAGCAAAUCCUCAAACCCAACACUCCCUGUAUGUGUCCACACGCACACACACACACACACAGAGAAUUGUGCCUUAGUGCCGUCCGUCCGGCCACCCACAUGCAUUAGAUCUGUACCAGCUCCAUCUCUGUCGCAUAGGUUCCACUGCUUGCCGAUGAAGUCGUUGUAGCUCUCGUGCUGCAGACGGCGGUUGGCCACCACCUGCACACACACACACACACACACACACACACAAACACACAGACUUAGACAGCCACUGGAUCCAGGCAGACCCAUCGGCACACACACGCACUCAACCUGACCCUCUGCAGCACAUGUGCCAGCGCCGAAGCCCACUGGAGAAACUCCUGAUACGAUUUAUGCCCCCCGCCAGACAGACAGACAGACAGACAGACCAACCGCAGGCAGAUGUGUGUGGGUCCUGGUAUGGUGGUUGAAGCUGGUGGCUUGCCCGGUCACCCACCUCUUCGGAGGCGAAGGUGAGUCUCAGUUUCCUCUUGACGCACACGAGCUCCAGCGACAGCUCGGGGUCGGGCUUGGUCUUGAGGAAGUCAGAGUCCAUCCCAGGCACCAAACGAACAACGUCCUCAAGUGCAACUGGUCAGUGUUAAACACACACACAUACACACACACACACACAGAGAGAGAGAGAGAGAUGUGCCAAGCACCGAGUGACCAAGGUAGUGUGUUGUCUUUGCUUUGCCCACCUUGUGAGCGGGCAGGGUCCUUCUUGGGCGACUGCCACUUGAGCGUGCGGGCCUUGGCGUCCAGCCAGAACGAACGAACGUGCUGAGACACACACACACACACAAACACAAACACACACACACACAGACGCAUGUCAACACACACAGAGGUGGAGUGGCAGCUCCAUAGCUCCCUCCCCUCCCCUCUCCUCCCUCUCCCCUUUUCAUCUCAUCUCACCUUCCGCCGCCCAUCGCGGCAGUACUUGAUCACGUCACUCCCCUGGCUGGCCUGCAGGGCAUGGCAUGGAACCGAUCGAUUCAUCACAACACAGAGACCAAACGGGUGCUGCCCGUCCCGUCCCGAGGCCCUCGUCUGCUUACAAAGUCGAGUGCAAUCUUGGCGUCGAUAGGCGAGAUGAUUGCGGUGAGGCGGGGCGAGAGAAGGUGCACGACGACGGCUGCCCCAUGGCUGCUCGAUGACCCGUGCGGAUCCUCCCCCUUGGUCGCGGGGUGCGAGUGGCCAGUCACCAAGGUGCUGCUGCCGCGCGAGCUGCUCUUGCGGAUCAUCACUCACUCACUCCACCAUGAUGAGAUCUACCAUCCUGGAAGGGCUCGAGUGGAGUGAGUGCUGUUCAAUCGGUGUUGCUCUCACGUGUGGCUUCUGGCUCUUGAGUGGUGCCGUCGGGAGCCGCCCAGGCUAAUCG